CUAAGGUAUGGGAUGUUUUCAUCGGUGUUGAAUGUCUCUUUAACAACGUAUCAGCUCCCUCAUCUCACUUAGGGCAGUGGCUACAUUUGCUCAUUUUGCAAGAAAACAAGUAAUUUGCUGCUUUUUUACACUAUUUGUUUCUUCGUAUGUUUACUUUGAUUCACUAUAUUUGUAUUUACUAAAGGACUGAUGUUUCCUAUCCCUUUAAUUAAAAUGGACAUUACAAUGGAAUAACAACAUGUUUUCAGUGUUUUUCAGAAAACACUAAAGACACUGGUAUGUAAUUGUAGUUUUGCAGAUUACAAAGAACAGACUGUGAUAAUGGUUACAAAUAUGCAUAGUAUGGAUUAGCAUUUAAAGGGACAUUAUACACUUGUUUUUUCUUUGCAUAAAUGUUUUGUAGUUGAUCUAUUAAUAUAGCCCUUUUUUAAAUGGAUAGUUUUGCUUAUUUUUAAAUAAUAUUGCUCUGAUUUUCAGACUUCUAACCAAGCCCCAAUUUUUUAGGAGAAUACCGACGUAUACCUACUCCAGCUUGCUUCUGUUUGUGUAAAAGGUCUUUUCAUAUGCAAAGGAAGGGAGAGGGGAGUGUCUGAUAUUUCCCACUUGCAGUUUGUGUUCCAGUAACCUUUUAAACAGAGCUAAACUGGAAGCUUCUAAGUAAGGUUUUAAAUGGUUUUAUAGUGGAUUUUUAGAUCAGUAUCUGUGCAUAGUAUUCUUUAUAGUAGUGUCUAUUACAUGCAGUUAUAUGAAAAUUGGUGUAUACUGUCCCUUUAAGUACAGAGUUGAAAAACUACAUACAAAAAUAAUUUUUUAUUCAGAAUGGUCACUUUAUUAGUGAUUUACACAAUUACUUUCAAUGUUGUCUAUGUAGCACACAUGAACUAGCACUGUCUAGCUGUGAAGAACUGUCAAAUGGCACUGAGAUAAGUGGCGGCCUUCAAGGGCCUAGAAAUUAGCAUAUGAGCCUACCUAGGUUUAGCUUUCAACAAAGAAUACUAAGAGAGCAAAGCAAAUUUGAGAAUAAAAGUAAAUUGGAAAGUUUUUUUAAAAUUGUAUGACCUAUCUGAAUAACAAGUUUAAUUUUGACUAGACACUCCCUUUUUUAAGCAAUUUGCGGCAUCUUGAAAUAAACAUCUGUUACAGAGUAUGCUUUUUGCUCUCACAGGGCUAUUGAGGAGUAAGCACAAUUUAUGUUCAGAAACAUGAGGGGUUUACAAAAAACCAUCAAGUCUGCAUGUAUUCAGCUGUAGAAACCGAAUCGGUUCUUAGGAUAGCCUUAUGUGUCUUGAGUCCUUACCAAGUAGACUACACUUGACUUCUUUCCCAAAAAGUGCUGCACCCUGGAAGGAGAGAUGUAAGAGGCAACUGGGAUUUCCUUUUCUGGGGGACAUAUAGUAAAAAAACAAACAAAUCGGAGGCUGGAGUAGCGAUGGGACUUUGUGGCCAUGGUCACCUGACAUAAAUGGCUGGCUGGAGGGGAUCUUACCUCUGUGCUUCCUGUUUUUUCUACCUUGUCCUGUGCUUUCACAGCUGUUACCUGGAGGGAUUCUACUACCACAGGACAGAGAUCAAACAGUUCGGGUAACUGAGGGGGUGAGGAGGGUGGCCUCACCAUGGUUCAUCUAUGGAAACUAGUGCGUCACAUGCGACAGCCUGAACUCCAUCGCUUGAUCCUGUUUCUUAUAGCUUUUAGCUUGGCUUCCAUGUGUUUUCUUGCUUACUAUGUGACCAACAGCCCGAAAAUCAAGGAGCCACCUCCACUACCAUUUAGCGACUGUAGCAGUCAACAAAGGGUUGUGGUGCAGCCCCAGGCAAGCUGGAGGAUUGCCAAAUCCAUGGACACUUCCCGCACGGAACCAGUGGUACUUGUUUUUGUGGAGAGCAUCUACUCCCAGCUUGGGCAGGAGAUUGUAGCUAUCUUGGAAUCUGGAAGGUUCAAAUAUAGGACAGAAAUUGCCCCUGGAAAGGGUGACAUGCCAACCUUGACUGACAAAGAUCGGGGACGUUAUGCUCUGAUUAUUUAUGAGAACAUCCUAAAGUAUGUGAAUUUAGAUGCUUGGAACAGGGAGUUGCUGGACAAAUACUGUGUGGAGUAUGGGGUGGGUAUAAUUGGGUUCUUUAAAGCUAAUGAAAACAGCUUAUUAAGUGCACAAUUAAAAGGCUUCCCCCUGUUUUUACAUUCCAACUUGGGCUUGCGGGACUACCACAUCAACCCAAACGCUCCUCUUCUGUAUGUCACAAGAGCCAAUGAAGUGGAGCAGGGGCCUCUCCCUGGGGAUGACUGGACGGUAUUCCAGUCUAAUCAUAGCACGUAUGAACCUGUACUUCUGGCCAGUACCAAGUCGGCAGAAUCAAUCCCACAUCUAGCCACACACAAAGCACUUCAUGCCACGGUGGUACAGGAUUUAGGUUUACAUGAUGGAAUCCAGAGGGUAUUGUUUGGAAAUAAUCUUAACUUUUGGCUGCACAAGCUCAUUUUUGUGGAUGCUAUUGCCUACCUGACUGGCAAGCGCCUCUGUCUUACUCUUGAUCGCUACAUCUUGGUUGAUAUAGAUGAUAUAUUUGUCGGCAAAGAAGGCACCCGCAUGAAAGUGUCAGAUGUUGAGGCUUUGCUGAACACCCAGAGCAAACUGAGGACUCUCGUUCCAAAUUUUACAUUUAAUUUGGGUUUUUCUGGCAAAUUCUAUCAUACAGGCACAGAUGAAGAGGAUCAAGGGGAUGAUAUGCUUCUCCAGCACAGGAAGGAAUUUUGGUGGUUUCCGCACAUGUGGAGUCACAUGCAGCCGCAUUUAUUUCACAACGUGACUGUCCUGGCAGAGCAGAUGAAGCUCAACAAACAGUUUGCUUUGGAACACGGCAUCCCUAUAGAUUUAGGUUAUGCUGUGGCGCCGCACCACUCUGGUGUUUAUCCCAUUCAUAGUCAGCUCUAUGAAGCUUGGAAAUCUGUCUGGGACAUUCAGGUUACCAGCACAGAAGAGUAUCCUCACCUCCGACCGGCACGCUACCGAAGGGGCUUCAUCCACAACGAUAUCAUGGUUUUACCACGCCAGACUUGCGGACUUUUCACUCACACCAUAUUCUACAACGAAUAUCCUGGAGGCUCCAAAGAACUAGAUAAAUCAAUCCGUGGGGGCGAGCUCUUCCUGACCGUGCUCCUUAACCCGAUCAGCAUCUUCAUGACACAUCUUUCAAAUUAUGGAAAUGACCGCCUGGGACUCUAUACGUUUGAGAGCCUGGUGAAAUUUGUACAGUGUUGGACCAACCUUCGGCUGCAGACUCUGCCGCCCGUUCAUUUGGCAAAGAAGUACUUUGAUAUUUUCCCCCAAGAGAAGAAUCCAUUGUGGCAGAAUCCGUGCGACGACAAAAGACAUAAGGACAUUUGGUCAAAAGAGAAGACCUGUGAUCGGCUACCAAAAUUUCUUGUUGUUGGCCCCCAAAAGACUGGCACCACCGCGCUGUACACCUUCCUCACCAUGCACCCAGCCGUCACUAGCAACUUCCAGAGUCCUGUCACAUUUGAGGAGAUCCAGUUUUUCAAUGGCCUGAACUACCACAAAGGCAUUGACUGGUACAUGGAUUUUUUCCCCAUGCCAUCCAACGCCAGCACAGAUUUCAUGUUUGAGAAAAGUGCCAAUUACUUUGAUGCCGAAGUGCUACCCAAACGAGCAGCUGCUCUCCUUCCUAGAGCAAAAAUUAUUGCCGUCUUGAUCAGCCCUGCAGACCGAGCAUAUUCCUGGUACCAGCACCAGCGAGCACACAAAGACCCAGUGGCUGUGAAUCACACCUUUGCAGAGGUGGUUUCAGCUGGGCCACAUGCACAACAGGAUCUUCGGAACCUGCAGAACCGCUGUCUCAUGCCUGGGUGGUACGCGGCACACUUGGAACGAUGGCUGACAUAUUACCCUCCCAGUCAGGUUCACAUUGUGGACGGCCAGGAGCUAAGGAACAACCCUCCUGCGGCCAUGGAUGGGAUCCAGAAGUUCUUGGGAGUGACGCCAUAUUUUAACUACACGCAAGCCCUCAAGUUUGAUGAAGCGAAGGGAUUCUGGUGUCCAGUGACAGAUAGCGGAAAAACAAAAUGUCUUGGAAAGAGCAAAGGCCGAAAGUAUCCUGAAAUGGAGCAGUCGUCCCGGAGUUUCCUUGCAGACUUCUAUAGAGAAAACAACAUUGAACUCUCCAAGUUGUUAAACCGACUGGGUCAGCCUCUUCCAACGUGGCUGCGAGAGGAGCUUCAAAAUUCCAGUAGGAGCUGAACCUGGUCCAUCAGGGUGUCCACUCAUAGUUCAUGUGAGGGUCACUCGGGAGAAGCGAGCAGACAACAUCAAGACACUUCUGUUGCCUCCAAUGUGCUCUGAUUGACGAAUCACUGCGAAUAUCCCUUGAAGGAGAAUGACUGUUUGCUCCUACGAAUCAUUCAGUGAUAACAAUGGCAUACGGCAACCUGAAAUGGCUGGUUAGAGGGAGUUUGCCUCCAUCUUGUACAAAAGUGUUAACCAUUUGUCACUCAGCUUCCGUGACACAGACAUGAAAUCGCACAGUAGCGCCUCCUUCAGGCGGGAAAUUAGGGGCAUUGAUAAAUCCUGCUGAGAAUAGGCGGCUGGAACAAACCUUUUCCUUUUUUCCAACUGUCUUGCCAGCCUAGUCAUGGAGUAACUCUGCUCUACUCAGGCAUUGACCUUUUUAAGGGCAGAGAAAUCUGUAUUUGCUGCAAUUCAGCUUCCUCUGCCUGGAAAGGUCAUUAAUCAAGCUGGGGGGGGGGAGCGUUUUAAGUCCAUUUCCGCACAAGAUUCUGUUGUUCUCUUGCUUAGUUUACUUGAGCAGAUAUGGAAAUGAAACUUCUAUAUCUGUUAUUUAAUGCAACCCCUGAGAGAACGACAGACCGUACCUGUAAUGUGCAACCAGUGCAGGUUAACCCUAUGUGGUUAUCGCCCUAGCUGUUCAAGCUCCAAAGAGAUCAUCUCCCAUCAAACAGGUCACUUUCGUGUUAAGCUACAACUGGCUGUGUGAAACGCACUUAAGUGUGUCCCUCUCCUAAGCAAUAUUUUUGUUAUGUCACUUCCAGAUUGUAUUACAAGGUUUGCAUGUAGCAAUUAAGGUCAUUUUGCUACAGAUUGGGCCACCUCUUCUACAUUAGAGUACAGUUAGGCAGCUGUGUAUCUGAAUAAGUGUUUAUUUUAAUAAGUGUUUAUUGGGAAAAUAACAUCUUUAUUAAAUAUCAGCCAGUUUGACUUCAGUUUAAAAGCAAAUCACAGAUUGUGAGUAGAAAUUAAGCAUUUUUCUUUGUAUAUAAAUUAUUCAGUAGAGAGCAGCGACUGGUCAGUACAUUAAGGAGAUGACUGCAAGGAAGCGGUCAGAUGGGAAUUCCAUUACAGCACUUGAAGCUGGGGACAUUCAUGUAGAAAAUAGCUUUAUAUUUGUACAGAUACCUCCAUGUGCGCAAUAUCUGUGGCGGUGCUAUAAUGCCAACCCUCGGUAUGUCUGCGAGAUGGAAGCAAUAUGGCUACAGCUACUAUGUAUAUAUCGUGUCACUUGCCGGCUGUAAUUUACACUGGAGAGAUAAUUGCCGCUAAUUAUGUCUAUAGGCACCCUACACAAUUAAAGGGACGUAGUCAAAAUUAAACGUCCAUGAUUCUGGUGGAGCGUGUUAUUUUUUAAAAAAUAUAUUAGGUUUACUCUUCAACAAAGGAUACCAAGAGAACAAAGAGAAAAAUUGAUUGAAAUAAACCUAGGUAGGCUCAGAAUUAUGCAAAUCUUAAGCAUUAUACGGUAACCCCGUUUGUAUAAUGUUACAAGAUACGUUACCAUAUAGUGCUUUAGAUUUGCAUGUUUCUGAGCCUACCUAGGUUUAUUUCAGUAUCAAAUUGGAUUUGUUUCUCUGUAUCCUUUGUUGAAUAAAGUGAUUUUAAUUUUUUUUUCUUCAAAUUGCACACCCUAGUUCACUGUUGUUUAAACCCGUCAUCGGGCCUCCCUGACAGGCCAGAUUUUUAGGAUCACCUGGGAUGAGAACAGGUAAAAUAACCAUGUUUACUAAUCUGUUUAUUUCACCUGUGCUCUAGUUCAGAUAUCCUCAAAAUCUGGCCUGUUAGGGGAGGUCUGAGGACAGGUUUGAAACAAGUGCUCUAUCUGAAUUAUAGAAGUGUAAUUUUUAACUUUCCAUGCAGGGAUGUGUCAAUUUCACCCAAUCAGGAAAAGUUAAGAGCUAUGGAUUCUACAGUACAGCGUCCACUGCAGCAGAGAAGCAAAUGUACGUGUGCGAGGUUUAGGGCGACCACCUCACCACAAUUCAAUUUCACACUUUUUUUUUUUUUUUUUUAUUCCAAACGGGUUUUAAUUCUGUCAUUCCACAGGGAUCUUACUAUGAGUUAAGCCGCCUUGUACGCAAUAUUUUGCUGUAACAGAAUGUGAGAAUCAGGGGAGAUGUAAAGAAGCUUUUUAAUUUAAGCUGUAGGUAUUGUGUAUUUUGUAAAAUUGUCCAUUUACUCUUGUAUGUUAAAAUGUAAAUAGUAUGCGAUAUAGUAUUUUAUGCCAUGUACGUUUUUCAGGGGAGACUGUGCACAUAGAAGAUACAACCGACACUGCUGCACUGAACCCCUCAUGUAUUUUGUGUCAUUCACAUUGAAUGAUGAUAAUGGAGACAUUUUUGGCUCUUGCGGCUGAACACAAGUGUCUAAAUAAAAGCUAGUGGUAGAAUUGUGUUGAUUCUCUGUAUUUUCUGCUCUGGUUUUUGAGUCUUACACACACAAUAAGAGGUGCGGCCUUAAACAUUUUACAGAGAUUUCAUGUUGUGUAUAAACCUCUCUAAGGGACUUUAUCAUGUGAAAUACUGUAUACAAUAUCAGAUCUUUCCAUUUAUCGCACAGAGCAGUCGAAAGGAAAUAAAACAUUGCAAUAUA